AUGCAUGUCUCUAAAAGGAUGGUAGUAAAACUAAAACAGAAAGUGAAAAAUUUGAAUUUGUUCGAAGAACCAUUGAAAAAUGAUGAAGAACGUAUUGUUUCUGAAGGUAAAACAUCGACCCGUGUCUUCGUCGUACUUCUUUCUCUUAGCGUAUUCGUUUUAAUUCUCUAUUAUUCCAUUGCUCAAAUAACCAUAUUAGACACAAAAGAAUUGCCAAGCCUAGCCGAGUUUGAAAUGUUGCAACUUCAGUUUCAAAACACAUUAAAUUGUCCGUGCUCACAGAUUUCUAUUUUGUAUCGCUCCUUUAUCAGCAUGAAUCCUCGAUUACAUCAAGUAUGCUCGAGUUCAUUUGUAUCCAACGAAUAUAUCAAAUAUUUAGUUGAUAUCUAUUAUACUGAAGCGAAUCCAACUACGGCAGCAACUCGAUUCCAAAUGUUAGCUGAUAUGUGUCAGUUAGCUAAUGACACGAUUACCGACAGUCUUAAUCUCUUUUAUUCAUCUGCUUUCAUCAGUGGUUCUGCUAUUAGACGAGACCUGUUUGAGUCCCAAGUAGACGCAUUCAUCAACGUUUUUGGUAAUACUACAACAAACUCGUUCGCUCGAACAUUAUCAACAACACGUAGUCUACUUAGAGGAAAUCAACUUGUUACUGGCACGUCAUCAUCAUUUGAUAUCUCGCCGGGUAACACGAGUCUGUACCAGGAACUAUCGGGAGAGCCAGUGGGUUUUAUUUCAACUGACUACGAUAACUGUACUUGUGUCACAGAUCCAAGAUGCGCUACGGAUCUCUAUCUGCCUGUGUUUAAUGGUGGUAAUGUAUCAGUGGGUCAUGCGAUCGUACCCGGUUUCUUUCAUGGUUGCUACGAAGUUGAAGCGUUACUCAUGUCUGAUUUGAGAUGUUUUUAUAAUUACACUUGCCUAUCGCCCUUUUUUGAAGUCGGCGUUCACGUUACUGUUCUCGAUUCUUCCAUUCCAACUAUUUAUCAACAGGAUGCAAACACUGAAACUUUAUUAGAUAAUCUCUUCUUAGAAACGUGGAAUUCAUCUUCAUCAUAUUCGUCCUACUAUAAUGCUUGUGCACCGUUGUCAUGCACUUACACCGCUUCGCUUCAUCGUCCUGGUAUUGAUAUUCUACAAGCAGUUAUUGGUUUAUAUGGUGGCUUAUCAACAGGUUUAAUGUUUCUUGUACCGGUUAUGCUGGAUAUUUUGAGAUCUCUCAAAAAAAAAUAUUACGUUCCUAAAAAGAAAACUCAAGAAAAACAUGACGUGAAGGGUAAGCAGAUUGAUAACCGAGAAGAUAAAACUGUUUUGUAAAAUUUCAUACUUGCCUUCAAAUGGACACCGCCACUCUAUAAUCCGUAAUCAUUGCCAAACUUUAUAUCAGACUCCAUUGCUGUUGAAACUACAGCAUUAAUGUUAUUGAAUAUAUAUUAUAUAUUUUUUUUAUUUCUGAGUGUACUACAAUGGGUUAUCCCGCUUGUACUCUUUCAUUAAAUAAAAGUUUAAACCAAUGUUACUGAAAAACUGUAGAAAUCCGAUAGACUCAAUAAAUAAACAAAGAUUUUCGCAUACUGAGAAACUACUAGUAGUUGGUAGAAAGGAGGAAAAAACGAGAAAAACUCAGUGACUAUUCGUCAGGGGCAGACAUUCAGAUUUUCAAAUAUUCACGAAGCUAUGCUAAAUAAUACACAAACAAGCAUUGUGGAAGACACACAGUGGGCAAUUUUCGAUAGGCACGUGGACAUCAGGAUUUAGAAGGUCCAUCGAACUCAAAACACACUGAGUAUAGAUUAUUUUGUGUCCCCUUUGCAAUGGAAAACUUUUCAGAACUCAAAAGUUCCUGAAACCCGGUUUUCCAGAGAUUCUUUGGGUUUUGAAAGCUUAAUUAAACAGAAAACUUCGUACUUUUACAUGAAAAUGUUUUUUUAUAGGUUUUCAAACAUGCUGGGUUUGAAUCCAGCGAUAAGAAACUUUCUGAAGCUUUGCAAAACUUUUCUGGGAAACCAGGUCUACAUAAAACCUUUUUUAUGAAAAAACUGAGAAAGUGGCCCUAGAGGUAAUUCCUCUAAAAAUCAAGUCGUUGAUCUUUAUCGCUAAAAAGAAGAUAACUUUUGAAGUAGUGAAUAGUAGAUAUCGUCUUCAAUGAGCCUCUUAAACAAAGCCUCAUCCUCAUCGAGACAAGUCAAAACCGCCUUAUCUUCCUUCCUUUUUCGUUUUGACCACGCGUGGUCCACGACGUAGUUAAUCACGGGAUCGC